UGCCAAGGAGUCUGCACCCUUUCAGCCUGGAGCUUGUGAAGAAGGGACCUGGCUCCAGAUGACACUGAGACCUAAUUAUAUGAGCACCUGCCAUGAACCGAAAGAAGCUACAGAAGUUGACGGACACCUUAACUAAAAGUUGCAAGCAUUUUAAUAAAUUUGAAGUGAACUGUCUUAUAACGCUUUUCUAUAACUUGGUGGGAGAUGUAGCGGAAAGGCCAGGGGUAGUCAUUGGACUAGACCGUAAUGCAUUUCGGAACAUCCUGCAUGUGACAUUUGGAAUGACAGAUGACAUGAUUAUGGACAGAGUAUUUCGAGGUUUUGAUAAAGACAAUGAUGGCUGUGUAAAUGUAUCAGAGUGGAUUCAUGGAUUAUCACUGUUUCUUCGAGGGACUUUAGAAGAAAAAAUGAAAUAUUGUUUUGAAGUGUUUGAUCUGAAUGGUGAUGGCUUCAUUUCAAAGGAAGAGAUGUUCCACAUGCUGAAAAACAGCCUUCUCAAGCAGCCCUCUGAGGAGGACCCUGAUGAAGGAAUUAAAGAUUUGGUUGAAAUUACACUUAAGAAAAUGGACCAAGACCAUGAUGGGAAGUUGUCCUUUGCAGACUAUGAGAACGCUGUGAGAGAAGAGACUCUUCUGCUGGAAGCCUUUGGGCCAUGCCUGCCUGAUCCAAAGAGCCAGAUGGAAUUUGAAGCCCAAGUAUUCAAAGAUCCAAAUGAUUUCAAUGAUAUGUGAAUUUGUAAAUGUACUGUUUUGAGGAAGUACAAAAGAAGCACAUUAAGUUCAUCUGUUCUCAGUUCAGGAGAUGCUGUGGUGAGAUUCAGAUCAUUUGUAUGUAUUCUAUUUCAGCCCUUCUUCAGAGAUGCUGGGUUUGGCAAGAGACGUUGACAUUGCUAGAACAUUUUACCACAUGGACUCUUUUAAGACACAUACCUGUCAUAAACCUCCAGAUUAAUCAAAGCAAUGAACAAAUUAUGUGGUCAUCACUUACAGAGUCUUCAUGUCAGAAAUAUUUUGAGUAUACAACUGAAAUAUUGUUGAAACUACAUAGCUUCCUUCAUAGCAGUAAAUGAUGAGGAUGAUACCCACAGAAUAAGAACAUGGCGGAUACAAGGGGUUAUAGCAAUAUGAAAAACAAUUAAGCCCGUUUAUUAUGCUUUCUUCUGUUAUAUAAGGCUUUACUUAACCAGCUCAUAGGCAUUGCAGGGCAAAGAUUUUGUCACACAUACCUCAUGGCCACCAUGGCAGUUAGCAUUUUGCAUGUAAUGGGCCCUCAAUAAAUAUUUCAGAUUGGACUGAAAACAGUAAUGUUCCAUACAAUUGCCUCCUGUCCAGCAGAGAGAGAGGUCUGCUGAGUCCAUGGGCCUAGUGUUCAGUUAUUCUCCAGAUAAGCAGAAAGAGAAGUCUGCUCUCUCCAUAGGCCAGCUUUCAGUUAAUCUCCAGAGGCAUGCUUAACCCCUGCAUUGCAGUCAGAUGCCAAGGCCCUCUCUGCUAUGACGUCUAGUGUCACACCACUCUGACCUUGCUAUAGUCCCUUUACUACCACCGUAUGCAAUGCAGUGUCAUGGUUCCACACCGCCUGGAUUUCCAGUGCACAACCCCUUAAUAGGGAUCAUAUCAUAUUAUAUCCUAAUGAUGUCUGACAGAUGUGGCAUCUUGAAGGCUCUUGUGGAUGCUGUGGGCAUCAUGGGGCACUGAAAUAGCUCCCCUGCCCAGGUCUCUGUAAACUCCCUUAUGCCCCUUGGUACUCACAGGAGAGCAACUGAGAGGGACAACAAUGUGGUACCUACUUCUGAAUAUACAAGCUCUAGAGCAUUUCCUCUUCCUUGUUAUAUAUGCAUUAUUAAGUUUGUGCAAAGGUUAUAUUGUAUACAGAAAUUGACUAUUACUAAUAAGUAGAAUAAGCAAUUUUAUAAAAUUAACUAUAUUGAUAUAAGGGUCUUUACAUAAACAUUCUGUAUGAGAGUUA